AUAACAGCAGGUGUUAUGGUAGAGAGCUCCCAUCUUAAAAAGACUGAGCCGAAUCUGCUACUCGAAGACCCACCUGUUCAGCAUUUGUUUACCGCACUUUCGUUAUCAAUUUGGAACUCUGGUGCAGCGCCAUCUUUGCCGCCUUUCUACGGUUGUGUCAAAAACACAUCCUCGAGUCGCAUCACAAUGUGGAUGCUUAUUUGUUUGGUCAUAUCGAUUCUUUACGUCUUCGUUCUGGGAGCCGGCGGAAUUUUAAUCUGUGACGGACCUUGUGAGCAAGUGUACAUAGAAAACCUCCCGCUUGCUCCCGAUGGCGUCCUCCCGAAGUGGCUAAUUUACACAGGGUGUGCUUUACUCCUGUUGAGGAUGCUAUCAUAUGUCCCCGUGCUGGUGGUUCCCGUGCUGGUUAGCAGCGAAACUCAAAUAUCACAUCUUCUGAAUAAAUUCUCUAGAACUGCAGCUUUUGCUGGCAGCCCUGCCUGGAGGAUUAUAUGGCGUUGUGCGAUGAUUAGCCUCAUCGCCGUAUUGGCAGUGGUAGCUAGGAGUCAGCUAGCCUACCUACAGGCUGUAGGUGGCAUCCUCCUCACUGCAU